CUCCCUAACUGUGGCGACGUCUUCUACCUCGAGUCCGUCCUCAGGAAAGAUGCCAGCAUGAUCAUAUUCAUGGCUCCCGAAGACUCUAACAUGGCCUGGAUCACCUGGUCUCAGAACCCCUUCCCCGGUGGUGAAAAUGGACCCGUCUUCCAAUUCUUCCAGAAACUCGUCACGGCUGGCGACCUUCACGUCAAUAAUUGCUAUCUGCCAGGCGCGCGAGACCAUAGAGCCGUCUACGAGCUUGCCCACAUCGCGACGAUGACUGCGAGCAAUCCCAAUCCGAGAGACCGUUACAAUGGGCUCCAGGACUACGACGUCAUCGAGUACGCCAGUCAGAACGCGCUGGUAGACGCGAUCACACGCUACACCUUCACCCAGCCGGUUACCCCACUCAUGUCACAUGCUUUCGCCGAAUACGUCGAGAACCUGCACGAGGAGGAAUAUCCUAGCGAUCGUCUCGAGACCAUCUUGGCUAGGUACGGGAUCAAUGCGUGGGCGCCAGACGAACUGGAAGACGAGGAGCCGUACUGGGAGCAAUAUCCGCCUCAGAUCCACCCAACUAUUCGCGAAGGCACGCUCGUUCCAAACUAUCUGCUUCGUGAUCCCGAGACAGGCGCAUUUAGGCAGGAUGAGGGAUACACGUACGCCCGUUGGGGCGGAGACGGAUGGGUCAUUCUCCCUACUCCUGCUGGAGUGGUCGAAGCAACUGCUGCCGGAAUGGCCGAAGCAGCUCCUGAUGGAAUGGCUGAAGUCAAUGAUGUUGGAGUGGGCGAAGCGACUGCUGUUGGACGGGACGAAGCAACUCGGGCUGGUGCACAGGAGGAGGAAGAGGAGUCCGAAGACUUGAAUGAGCUACUGACGACUGACGUCAACUAUCGGGACGUUUGAAUGGCGACUUUGCUUCUUGGGUUGAGCCCGUGGGGCGGUUUCGAGGUGCUUUUCUAGUGUUCAAUUGGG